GAGUUCAUACGUGGUUGAGGUAGAAUAUUUAGGGUUGUAUAUUUUUAUAGUGCUACUCCAUAUUGAACAAUACAUUUUGCACUGUGAUAUAAAUAUAUGGUUUCCCACGAGCUCAAUAUGUGCGUAAUAAUUUAUUUUGUUUUCGGGUUUCUCCUGAAUUUUCCAAACGUAACUAAUUCUGCACAUGUAGCACCUGUAGUAACAACCUACUCUGGUGAUGUGAGAGGAUUCUUUAUGCAAACUGAAAAUAACCGCACAAUAGAGGCUUACUGCGGUAUUCCAUAUGCUAAACCACCCAUUGGUUCCCGCAGAUUCGAGGAUCCAGAGCCGUUUGGGAAAUGGCACGGAGUUCUGGAUGGAUCCAGAGAGCCAAACAGAUGCAUGCAAAACAGUAUUUCUAACCCUGGAACACUUGAUGGCUGUGAAGACUGUUUAUACUUGUCUGUUUAUACACCUUCAUCAAAAGGGAAUUAUUCUGUGAUCAUUUUCUUUUACGGAGGAAGCUUUACGAAUGGGUACGCCAGUACGGAUUCUUAUGGAUCAUCCAAAAUACUCACACAAGAUGUUGUUCUGGUUAUUCUAAAUUACAGACUUGGGUUUUUAGGAUUUGCAAGUUUCAAUCACAAAAAUUUCUCUGGAAACUAUGGACUGAAGGAUCAAUCAUUAGCAAUAAAAUGGGUGAAAGAGAACAGUAGGAAUUUUGGAGGAGAUGAUUGCAGAAUCACUGUGAUGGGUCAAAGUUCUGGGGCUGCAAGCGCCCAUUAUCAAAUCAUAGCACCACGGAAUUUCGGCAUCAUAAAGCGAGCCAUUCUGUUGAGUGGCACAGUAGACUGCCCGUGGGCGUUUACAUCAAGAUUUGAGAGUGCAAGGCUGACAGCUGAAAUGGGCAGAUUGGUGAAUUGUACUCCGAGCUCAGCCAGUGAACUAAAGAGUUGCUUGUGUGGUGUUAAUGGCUCCGAGUUCGUAUUCAAAUUGGCUAAAUUCCAGCAGGUAUGGCCCGGAGUACCUGCGGUACCUUUUCCUCCUUGUUUGGAGUCGAAUGAUAACGAGAACGCGUUUAUCACUGAGGAGUCUUACUACAGAAGAACCUCUCGUAUGGACAUAAUGUUGGGCUCCACAAGUUCGGAGGGCACUAUUAAUAUAGCAAUGUUGAUGCAAGCAACGAAAAUGCACUUUGAUACUGCUUUGGGGAAAUUGGAUAGGAAUUUUACAAUAGUAAUGCCAGUUGAAGGUAAUUUUCAAAAUGAUCCAAAAGCAAAGGAAAGAGCUUUACAAUUGAAGAAACAAUAUUUUGGCAACAAGUCAAUAAGCAAUGAAACACUACAACAAUUAACUGAUCUUUACAGUGAUAUGUAUUUUCUGAAUGGCACAAAAACUACAAUAGAAAAACACAAUGGAAAAAUACAUAUUUAUGACUUUGGAUAUGAGUCACUAUUUUCUGUUUCGCAAGUAUUUUCAGAGGAUCCGAACUACAAGAAUGGCGCUUGUCAUGGUGAUGAUCUUCUAUAUAUGUUUCCAUUAAAAUUCAUUUCUCAAUUCCGUGGAAAAGAGUCAGACAAGGAUAAGGAAAUCAGCCGAAAAAUCGUUCAAUUCAUUGUAAACUUUGCAACUCAUGGUGAUCCAAACCCAGUCGCAGAAACAACAAACUGGAGUCCAAACACUGGGCACCUCGAAUAUCUAUCGAUAACCCGAGAAGGAAAUUUCGAAAUGAAAGCAAACUUCCCACACAACGGUGCAACUCCAGUUGAGCCCUGCUGUUCAAAUAGAUAUUGUUGCCCAAACUGAUGCUCCUCCCCCCUAUACAUGUAGAUAAGGACAGGUUUCCUUGGAUAGAGCUCCCUUCAUAAUAACAUGCCAAUGGGGCACCAAUUGAGUAUAAAAUCAUUUUGUAAAUUUAUAUUUCAAAUGAGAAAAUAUUGAUAAACAAUUAAAAAUAAUAUGCCAAUUGAAAAAGGGGAUGCCACUCAAGUAUGGAAGUAUGUUGUAAAUUUAUAUUUCAAAUAAGAAAAUAUUGACAAAAACUAUCUAAUAAUAUUUAUAAUAAUGUUCUACGUAUUUAUAUACUGUAUUAGUAUAUACUUUUGCUGAUGAAGCUUCAUAAAACAUCUAAAUUCGAAAAUAUGGUUUGUAUAAGUAUUAUUGGACUGCAAAUAUUGGCCUAUUUGGCUUAUAUUUAAUUUUAGGUGAAAAUGUUACUGAACAUCAAUUGUAGAGAUGUUUAUGCUCAAUCCUUUCCACUUGAAAGCUUUUGUUUGAUUUG